UCUAAUGUUUCUGAAAAGAGACGUGGAAGGAAAAAAGAAGAAUAAUGAAGAAGGAACAAAAUUGAGGAUCCCUUUUAGAGACGAUGAUGGUCUCAGUAGCUUCAUGGGUUUCGUCCCCAACUUGUUAUUCUUCUUCUCCUCUCUUCUUUAGUCGUCGCGAGAGAUUACAUUUGGUGGAAGCCACGGUCGAUGGUAGGAGCCAGAUUGUUCCACCGGCGAAAGAUCAAAUCCCCAACAAAGAAGUAACGGAGAGCGUAAAUGUUUUAAAAACAGCUGCAAAAACUCGGAAAGUUGCAGCUGAAGAGAUAUUAGCUGCUUUUUCUGCUAUUGAAAAGGCUAAACUUGAUCCAUCACCAUUCCUCGAAACACUUGGUGGGACAGAGUCCCCUGGACGAACGUGGAUGCUGAUCUUCACCGCCGAGAAGAAACUGCAGAAAGGUCGUUAUUUCCCUCUAACCGCUGUUCAGAGAUUUGAUGCUGCGGGAAAAAGAAUAGAGAAUGGGGUGUAUCUUGGUCCAUUAGGAGCAUUGACAUUUGAAGGAAGGUUUUCAUGGAAGAAUCGGAUACUGGCCUUCGUCUUUGAACAAAUCCGCAUAAAGAUUGGACCAUUAGAUCCUCUAGAGAUCAGUUUGGGGAAGAAAGACGCCGAGGAGGAGCCGAGUAAUAAAGACCCUUUCUUCAUUUGGUUUUACAUCGAUGAAGAAAUAGCCGUUGCUCGAGGAAGAAGUGGCGGUACAGCUUUCUGGUGUCGUUGUCGCCGCAUUGCUUCCUCAUAGACUACUAACUCUUGUUCUUUUUCUUCUUCUCAACUCUCAUGAGCUUUUUAAUGUAAAUGAUAUUUAUACAUAGAUUACAAAUCAUUUGAAAUGUUCUGUGAAAAACCGGAUGGGUUAGUAAAAUUAUUGGUUUCUAA